CUCUGGUCAUCCCUGUACUGUCCGCAGUCUCUGGUCAUCUCCUGUACUGUCCGCAGUCUCUGGUCAUCUCCUGUACUGUCCGCAGUCUCUGGUCAUCUCCUGUACUGUGUCUGCAGUCCAUUAGUUCAGAAUUUUUUGGUGUGGCUCUCUGACUUUCACAGUUUAAAAUUUUGGCUCUUUGUGUCUAACUUGUUCGCCACCCCUGCUCUGUACAAUGACAGCUUCCCGGUGGGAAUAGCUCAGGUGGCUUUGGACUCGGAUCCAAAUACAUCUGAGCUGAUCCCUAUCCAGUGAGUGGGCCUGACAACGCUGCUUGGGAAUUCAUACAUGGGCAGGGGCGGACUGACAACUCAUGGGGCCCCCGGGCAAUAGAGGAUCAUGGGGCCCCUGUGUCCUUGCCCAAACUCAAAAAAGCCUAUGAAAAAGGUACCAGGGGCAUCUCAUGGGGCCCCUACUGACUCCGGGCCCUCGGGCAGUGCCCGAGUUUCCAAAUGGUCAGUCCGCCCCUGUACAUGGGGAAAUAUUCA